AUGCUCGACAGCGAACAAUUCGUUAAUAAUCAUCAUAUACAUGAUUCUCCGUCGUUGCAACGAAUUCAAAGAAAAAUUACUAAACAAAAGUUAGCUGCAGAACGUCGUAGUGAGCAGUCGAACGGUGACCAUAUGUUUGAAUCUUCACGUCCUAAUAUGCAAAAUCUUUAUUAUUCUCCUCAUCAUCAACAACAUUCAUCUGCACAUCAAUCAUAUUCGUCUGAACUGGAUAACGUUCUUAGACAUUCAUCAAAUUCAAGAAUGCUACACGGGGAUAGUGAUGCUAUUCUAACAGGUUCUUUUGAACAACAACAAUUUCAUCAACCAAAUUCACGUAAAAUUACUAGAAUUAUACCAAAAGAAAAUUAUUCAAUGUCAAAUACUCGACCUAUUCAACCACGCAGUGCAAGUGCGUCCGUAGUCAGUUCAAGAAUGAGACGCGAAGCUCAGGAUUCGUCUCUCACACCCAAUGAUAUACAACGUUUAAGACAUGUUCGCCGACACGAACCCGCUCAUGUUCAAUCGGGCACUAGAACAGGUUUUAUGACUCCUGAUGCAUGGAAAACGGAUCCAGUUGUUUUUAAAAAGCCACCACCGGUAAAAAAACCUACAACCCAAAAUGUUAGUAAACCACCUAGAACUGGUCACAUAGCAAAAGCAAUUGCUGAACAGUCAACCACCGAACAGAAACCAAGAACAGAAAAAAAAGUCAAACCAAAACGUGACACAAGUGCGCCGAAACCAUCUACGACUGAAACAGUACCUGAUAAACCGGCACCGAAACCUGAAAGAACGAAAGAAGAAAAAGAAAAACUUCAGAAGUACAUUCUUGAAAAACGCGAGGAACAUGAAAAACAACGUUCGAACGAGAAAAAAAUCAGAUCUAUAGAAGAAAAUGACAGAAAAGAUAAAUUAAAAAAGCUGAAUGCACAAAUAAAAACAGUUGCUCAACAACCUCUGCCAGCUUCAUUACUGAAAAAGUCAUCAGUAGCAAUACAUUCAAAUGAUAUUACUGAACACAAACGAGAACGACUUCUUAGUCUACUUGGUCCAAGACCUAUCAUUGAACCACCGACAGAAUAUCAUCGUAAUACACCAUUUGAAAAUUCUUCAUUACACGAACGUUCAUCAUCAUCAUCAUCAUCAUCAUCAUCAUCGAGUUCGGAAUCAGUCGUGGAAAUUCAGCCACCUAAAUUAAAUGAUACAGCAAACAUUGGUUCGCGUCUUGAACCGCCAAUUCAAAAUUCUUUCUCUCACGGUCUUCCAAACGAUGUUAAACAACGACAUCAAAAUAUACUUCGAUGGGCGAAUAAUUUAUCACGAGAUUGUGAUGUUAUUGAAAAUAAAUUUAAAUAUUUUCGACCAGACGGCAAUCAACCAUUUGAUAUUAUUCCUCCAUCUCAUCAACAACUUAAAAAUGAUGAUGGUAAUUUACGUUUUCAAUCUCCUGUUCUAAUAACAAAUAAUAAUACUGACCCCGCACGGAGUAUUCCAUCGAAAGUAUUACGUCCAUCAGGACGUCUAAGUAAUUUAAAUCAAAAUCAUACGAGUGAAUAUCAAGGCCAAAAAUUACCAGGUGUCGGUAAUCUACGUGAUCCAAUAUUAGAAAAACGUAUAAAACGCGAUCGUGCUGCAACUAAAAUUCAAGCUACUUAUCGUGGCUAUACAGUUAGAAAAUCGCUUAAUUGGAUUAAUGAAAAUCAAAAACAAUUAAGUAGUGAAUCUAAUAAACGGCCUACUCAUAAAUCUACGAAAAAGUCUUCCUAUACAAAAGAUGUUUACGAUAAUCCAGGGAUUAAUUUAGAUAUUCAUUUCAAUGAUGAUAAUUUUACUAUUGGUUCAACAUUGUUACGUCAUUAUCAACACAAGGAACCUAGUCCAGUUCUAGCCAAACAUCCGUCAAGAUCUGAUAGAUCCGAUCAUCAAUCAAGAAAAAUCGAAAAACCAAUAGUUUCAGAAAUUUAUUCAGAUGAUUAUGAAAAUACAGCAAGCUCAACAUCAUCUGUAUCAAUCCAUCAACAACAACAAAAAACACCACAAAAACCUCGAGUUAUUGAACAACCAGUACCCAAUAAACGAAGUACAAGUUCUUCGACGGCAUCAUCAUCCUCAUCUACGGGCAGCCUAACUCCGACACCGGAACCUUAUGUACCUUCUAAUGUUCAACGUCGUCGUUCAUUGUCCCCUCCUAUACCGCCACCAAUGUCACCAGAUAAUGGCCGACCUUUCCGCCAACCUCCUCCUCCAAUGACAAAUUCGAAACGAAUAUUCGAUGAACGUCGUUAUUCACCUGAUGCACUUGAAAGACAAUUAAAUGCUGAAUUACAUUUACUCGACGGUGUCGAAGCAUCCAUGAAACAGAUCGACAAUAUGGAACGGUUACGAUCAGUUACACUUGCUCAACAAGAAAUUGUGUCACUUGCACAAGUCUUAAAAAACAAACCCACAACCGACAGUAUACCACCACAGCAACACAUAAGAAGACCUGCUGUUCGACAAACUUCACCUUCAUCUACAACCACUUCCACAUCAUCAUCAUCAUCAUCGAGUCGAAAACGUCGUCCGCCUUCUACACAACAGCCACCAUCCAAACAUAAAUCUUCUCAUCAUCGUCGAAAUCAACAAUCAUCUGAUACAUCAUCACCUACACCAUCGGAAUCGAUCUUAACUGAACGUGAGAAAAAUGUACGACAAAAAUAUCAUAGUGAAGUUGAAUUACAAGCAUAUGAAAAACGUCUGACAGAUAUUGAAAAAAAAAUUCGUAAACUUGUCAAACGUGCUCCUGAUAUAUUGGACGAAAAACGCGAUGUACCAAGUCUACGUGUACCACCAAAAUCAAGUAAUGAUUCGAGUAUUAGCGAAGAUAUACCUGUAUCACAUAGAUCAUCAAGUUCGACUAAUAGUACAAUUCGACGAAAGACAACCAAUGAUACUAGUGAAAUUCGUACAGAAACAGUUGAUAAAGAUAGCGAUUCAUCAUCAACUUCGCUUCAUCAACCACAAUCAGAAACUAUUACAACAGAUGCUAGUGAUAUUGAACGUCGUAUACGUGCUUCACGUGAUCAAUUAACUAGAAAAAAAACGGAACUUGAAAAAUUAAAGCAACAAAAGAAGAAAGAAGAUCUAAAAAAACAAGAAGAUGAAAUAAAGAAACAACUUCAAGCCUAUGAACAUGAAAUUGAAACACUACGCCUUCAACCAGCAUCCCCAAAAAAGCAACCCGAACCAAAAGUAUCUAUUCCUUCACGCCAAUUGCCAACGACGUCGAGCACUAGCAGUAGUAGUAGCAGCAGUAUUGCAACACCAGCAAAACAACAAGAAUCAAGUAUAGCUGAAGAUUUACCAGCAUCGGGAACAUCUUCACAAUCGAAAACGAAUGGCGUUGAAAAACACGUUGAAGCAACUCGUCCAAUAACAACGAAACGACGAGACUUUUUCGAUGACGAAGAAGAAGAAGAAGAAGAGGAAAAGAAACCAGAAUUAAAACCUUUAGAAACACCACGAGAUGAGCGCGAUACACUGCACGAUGCUCUAUCAGUAUCGAUUGCUACUGAUAUAGCUGCUGAUUCAUCAGAAACUGAAAACGAUGAUAGCCGGCGGCCAAGUGCUGACAACCUAAAGCCCACAUUAAAUCUGAAUACGAAAGCUGUUUCGCCAUUAAAAUCUAAAACCGAUUCAGAAUCAUCAUCUUCGACAACAGCAACAAGUGAAAAAUCUUCUAAGAAACAAUCACAAUCAUCAGAACGAAAACCAUCCAUAAUUGCCAAUGAUUAUGAUGAAGAUUUUUCUGAAGUUACUCAUUCACCUGCUAAUACAUCAAAAGAAUCGAUAGUAAAACCGAAAAUUGAUAACAUUGAUAUUGAAUCAAUACAAGAAGAUCUCGACGAUAAACACUCAUCUCAUGAUACAAAUCGAAGUUCAUCAUCGAAAUCAAGUGAUGAUGAACAAUCUAAAAUUCUUGUUCUUGUUAAAAAAUCAGCUAAUACAACACCUCGACGACAAGAUGAGAAAACGCCUAAUGAUGAUGACUUCUUCCCUUCGCCUGCCCCUCUUCCUCCUGUAACAGUACCACAAGCUGAAAUUGAUUUCAGUAAUAAUAAUAAUAAUAAUAAUAAUAAUAAUAAUGAUGAUACUUCUCAUGAUGUGAGCGAUGAUGACGAUGAAGCAAAUGAACGUAUUGAACAAGAACAUAAAGUGGAUAAAUUAGCUGAUUCAAUUCUUCGAACAUUUAUUGAUGAAGCUAUUGGUCAAAGUAAACAAAUUCAACUUUUAAAAAAGGAAACAAGCCAGAAAGCAACGGAAUUAACACAAGAAGCUAAGGAAUGGAUGUCGGACGAGGAAGAAAGUGAUGAAGAAAGUUCAAAACCAGUCAUUGUUGAAACAGAUGCUUUCGAUCUUGAUUUCAGUCGGCUGGAGGAUAAAAAUUCUGAUGAACGUCGAGUUGAAAGUCCUCGAAAAAUAGUUAUCGAAGAACAAGUGAAAUCAUUUGUACCUCAUACAUGCGAACAAGUGACUCAAUUAUGUCAUGAAGCAAUUAGAAUUUUAAUCGAUCAAAAUACAGACUUUACCAAUCGAUCAGCCAUAAAAUGUCAAGUACCGAAUUCUUAUUUUGCAUACGAUCAACAAGAUUCCGAUAAUGAAGAUAUUCGACGUAAUCGUCAUGCUUAUUGUCAAAUGAUAUUUGACUUGUGCAUUGAAUUAUUACAUGAAAUGUAUUCAGAAAAUAUUCAACCAGCUAAAUAUCCGGAAUGGCAAACAUCGAAACUUAUUCCGAAACGUUUUUAUCGCGGAAAUCAACCACAAAAUCGUCAACAUAUUGAACAAUUUGUUCAAGCAAAAAUGUUGGAACUAUUAAAUUUACAGCCGCGCGAAAUAACCUAUACUAAGUGGCGUGUUUCAAAGGGAGCACAUAGCGGCAAAGAAAAAUUUGAAACAGUACUUGAUGAAGAAAUACGUCGUACAGAAUCUCAAUGGAUAACAUAUAAUGAUGAUUCUACACAAUUGAAAUUUGAUAUCGCUGAUUCAAUACUCGAUCAAUUAAUACAAGAUACAAUCACAGAUUGUUUAGAUGUAGCUGAUAGACGUUUCUAUUUUAGUGGUGAUAGUACACGACUUUAA